AGCUAGUUUCCCAGCUGCCUGUAACCUAGCAAGCCAUGGCGUCGCCUUCUUGCAGCCCCAAGCUCUGCCGCAGCAGCCUGCUACUUGUCGUCGGCGUGGCGGUGCUGCUGGGCAGCAUGCUGCAGCUGUGCGCGGCGACCCUGGACGAGGACAUCGAGCUCAUCUGGGGCGCCAGCCACACCUACUUCUUCAUGGACGGCCCCGACACCGAGUCGCUGGCGCUCUCCCUGGACGAGCAGCAGGGCUCCUGCUUCCGCUCCAGGAACACGUACCUCUACGGCACCAUCAGCAUGGACAUCAAGCUCGUCGAGGGCAACUCCGCCGGCGUCGUCGGCACCAUCUACACGAUCUCCGAAGGCCCCUGGUCGUACCACGACGAGAUCGACCUGGAGUUCCUCGGCAACCUCACCGGCGAGCCCAUCACGCUCCACACCAACAUCUUCGCCGACGGCGUCGGUGGCCGGGAGCAGCAGUUCUACCUCUGGUUCGAUCCCACCGCCGACUACCACACCUACACCAUCGAGUGGAACCCCAAGUACAUCAUAAUCAGGGUUGACGGGAAGGCGAUCCGUGCGUUCAAGAAUUACCAGGACCAGGGCGUGCCGUACCCGACGUGGCAGCAGCAGCGGGUGUACGGCAGCCUGUGGGACGCGGACGAGUGGGCGACGCAGGGCGGCGCCAUCAAGACCGACUGGUCCAACGCCCCCUUCGUCGCCUACUACCGCAACUACACCGCCACCUCGUGCCGCCCGUCGCCCGGCGUGUCGUGGUGCGGCGCCGAGCCCAAGGACUCGACGCGCUUCGACCUCGACCCCCAGACGCUCGCCGACCUGCAGUGGGUCAACGACAACUACCGGAUCUACGACUACUGCUCCGACCACAAGAGGUUCAACGAGUCGGAGUUCCCCAAGGAUUGCUACCUGCAACGAGCAGGGGUUUGAUCACUCAUUUCUUGAUGGCCAAUUGAUGAUGAGGGGAUCGACGAUUAUUGUUGUUGGGUUCGAUCCGCUGAUCAGUUACUUCUGUACAUCUGAAGACACACAGCAGGUACAAUUUUGAUUCUUUAUUAGAUUGGUGAUUUGUUCUCCCUCCGGCUGCUUCACUUCUUCCCCGGGUCAUCAGAUGUAUCAACAUUUCUCUGACAGAGCUCUUGCUUUGUUUUAGCAUCAUUGAUUCGUCAUGUAAAACCAUAAAUAGUUCCACACUAUUGUUCCGAGAAACCAAACUUUAUCAU